CUUUUUUUUCUUGUCCUAAAAUAUGGUUUCCCAUAUCUUGCUGAAGUGUUAAUCCACCCCGCAGGUCACAUGGAUGCGGGCCAGCGCACCUGCAGACAGUGGACGCGCCACUUAACGCAGCACUUUUUUAUGUUAAUGACCCGUCCGAGGACUUUCCCAUACUCCACUCUUACCUUCAGGACGCAACACUUUUUUUUUAAAUAGCAGAAUCACACAUCAGUCUCUGGAAGUCCUUUGAAUUUCCCUGCUGGUGGGGGUCUUUUGAUAGGAUGUGGAAAACUGGGGUGUUCAUUGGCGCGUGCGUUCUGCUCCUUUUCCUCCAUCUGGGCGCAGAGAGCAGGMGCUCACGGGGGAAGUCGGUGACUUUCCAUCGGAGUCGGAGCAAAGCGCGCCCCAGGAGGGAGAGCAGCAGCUCCUCCGACACUUGGAAACCUUCUCACGGUCCUGCCUUCAACUCCUGUCGGAUCCCACUCACCACGGCCGAGCACGAGGUUCUGGAUGACAACACACACGAGACAGGGUUUAACGGUGAUGACGGCUCCUAUGUGAUCCUCACGUGGGUGGGCGACGGCACAGGAGUGAUUCUGGUGCUAUCCACAAUCAGCUUUCCUCUUGAUUCUUUUCUGGAGGGAGGGUCCUCACGACUUUACAGGAGUACGGAUUACGGCAAGUCCUUUCAUGACAUCUCCCAGAGCAUCAACCACACCUUCAUCAAAGAGGAGUUUGGAGUCAGUGUUGGACCGGGAAGYUCGGUGAUAUUAACGGCAGACACGCCCAUUUUUGGCAACCCUGGUGGGAUCAUCUUCACCUCCACAGAUGCUGGGGCCACGUUCAGAUUCAUCCAGCUGCCCUUCCACCUGGCUCAGCCCAUCACCUACCACUUCCUCAACCCCGACUACCUGGUGGCCCUCAGCAUCGACGGCAGUCUUUGGCUCUCUCUGGACUUUGGCGCCAAGUGGACAAAAGUUCACGACGGAGUGCAUACUUUCUCGUGGGGGGCGGGCAUAAAUUUGUUCUUCAGUUGCAGCCUGGUAGAUGCAGUUGAAGCAGAAGAGAGGGGAGACUUAGUGCUGAAGAGGACGAAGGAUCUGGGUCAAACCUUCACCAUCAUUCAUGAGGACGUCUUCAGUUUUGGCUACAUCGGAGCGUUCCUCUUCUUCUCUGUCAUGGAGGACUCGAGGUCUCCUCGGGUCAUGUACUUCUCAUCGGACCAAGGAGAUUCGUUCAGUCAGGCCCUUCUGCCUUCUGCUUCCACUGAGCAGUUUUACUCCAUCCUGGACGGGGACGAGGACAUGCUCUUCUUGCAUGUAGACAACCCAGGAGACACCUACUUUGGGACCAUGUACACCUCAGAUGACCGUGGGAUAUUGUUCUCCAAGUCUUUGGAGCGCCACCUGUUUGGCGGACAGAAAAAGAGUGACUUCACCAACAUCACGUCACUGAGAGGAGUUUAUCUCACAAAUAAACUUGAUUUUGAUGGCCAUAUAAGAUCUGUCAUUUCCUUUAACAGAGGAGGGAUGUGGAGGCGACUCAACAAACCCGACAAUGUGAACUGUGCAGACCAUGUCAAGAAUUGCAACCUUCAUAUUCACGGAGAACACAGCCGUUAUAACCGGAUAGUACCCAUGUUGGCUCUGUCUGAACCAACUGCCGUUGGUCUCGUAAUCGCUCAUGGCACAGUAGGAGAUUCUUUGUCCUCGUCUCAGUACCCAGAUGUGUUUGUUUCAUCUGAUGGGGGGUACAACUGGAGGGGGACAUUAAAAGGUCCUCACCACUACAGCCUAUUAGACUCUGGGGGUCUCAUUGUGGCUGUGGAGGCUCACCAUGAAGGACAAGUCAAGACCAUCAAGUUCUCCACUGACGAAGGCCGCUGCUGGAAGCUGUAUAACUUCACGGAGCAGCCGUUCUUCUUCGCCGGCCUGGCGUCGGAGCCAGGCACCAAGGCCAUGAGUGUGAGCGUGUGGGGCUUCCGUCCUGAGGAGGAUGGACAGCCCAUGUGGGUGGCCGUCACCAUCGAUUUCCAGAGCCUCAUCACCAGACAAUGUAAUGCUCGAGACUAUGAGGAGUGGCUGGCUCAUUCAGCAGAAGGAGACUCGGAGAGAAAGGGAUGUGUCCUGGGACUGAAGGAGACUUAUCGGAGGCUGAAGAAGCAGUCUGUGUGCAGAAAUGGUCGAAAAUUUGCAGUGAGCAAGAAGCAGAGCCCCUGCUUAUGCACCAGGGAGGACUACAUAUGUGACUAUGGUUAUUAUCGUCAUGUCAACACCUCAGAGUGCGUGAGACAACCAGUCGCUGCAAACAAAACCCUUGACAUGUGUCUGAAUGGAGAGGAGGAUGAGCUGAUCACUGAAGGGUACCGAAAGGUGGCAAGUGACAGAUGUGAGGGGGGAUUCACACCCCGCGCCAACGUCCCCACAGUCAUCCAUCCAUGUGGGGUCAAACCCAGCGCUGGACCUCCYACUAAGUCGACAUCUUCAGUCCCUCACUUUGACUCACCGACAGAAAGGUUGGUCUUGAUCCUUGUGUGUGCAGGAGCAUCACUCAUCAUCCUGGUGGCCAUCAUCUCUGCAGUUCUUACAGUGAGGAGAGUGGUUAACAGGACCAGGACAUCGGUGUAUAGCUUCUCGAACCUACGCCUCCAGGAAGACAACAGCCUCACAGCUGAUCUUGAAAGUGCCAUCAGCAGCAACGGUACAGCCUACCAUCAGGACUCAGAUGAAGAUCUUCUUUACUGACACACCAGACUAAUGUUCAACAAACUGAUGAUGUUUAAGACCAAAGGUGUUAGAACAAAAGACUGUUUUAUUGAAAUAAUGCUGUAUUAACUUAUUAACUCUGUAUUGCUUUACUUUGGAUUUGCACAGUACUUUUUUUUUAUUUGACUUUUAUAUUUUUCAUGUAAAAUCAAACCUGAAACAAUCCUGACAAUGUGCACGUUCAAAAUAUAAAGUUCUUCAUGCUGUGUAGGUAGAUCAGUCUUUAUGGGCAAUAACGUAUUUCUUUUUUUUCAGUUUUAAAAUUUGAAACAUCUUGUUUGUACAGCAUGUCAGUUGAACUGGAAGGAUAUACCUGAAAUAGUUUUUUAUACUAUGUCUAUAAUGAUUAAGUUUCAUUUAUUAACACAAUAAAUCAUAUUGUUUUAAACAAAAUACUUGCCAUAAACACUUGUUAUUGGUAGUGUUUAUUUAUUUUGCUAUCUAUAAUUACUUUUAACAGCAGUAA